GUCCCCGUCUCUUCCCCCACGACUGAAAUUUUUUUCUGGCAAAUCGAAACCCCCCCUCGCGCGAGAGACGCCAAGACGGAGAGGAGAACGAUAGGGGAAGGGGAAGGCCCAGGGGGAAGCCACGGCCACCGGCGCGAUGAAGCCGUCGCAGUCCAAGAAGAAGGGCAAGAAGAAGAAGAAGUCCUCGCCGCCGGCCGCGGUGCCGGCCCCACCGCCGCCGGCGGAGGGGGCUGCGGAUUCGGAGGCCUGCUCACUGCUGCCCGAAACCCUAACCAUAUCCGCCGCCGCCGCCGCCACCGCGGCGGUUUCGGAGACGGAGUCCAGCAGCAGCGGCGAGGCGUCGACGUGCGCGUCGUCGGCUUGCUUCACCGCAAGCUCGUCGGGGACGGCCUCCUCGUCCUCCUUCUCUCCCUUCUCCUCGUCGGCGUCCACGGCUUCGUCGUCGGCCGCCGGCGAGGAGCGGCGGGACCUCACGUGGCUGCUCGACGCAUUCGCCAGCGCCACCAUCGACCAGAUCGACUCCGCCUACCGCGAGGCCGGCGGGGACCCCUUCGUGGCCGCUGGUAUACUCGGCUCCACGCAGGACACGCAGCCGCCGCAGCCACCACAGCCGGCGCCGCAGCCCCCGCCACCACCGGAUCUCUCGCCGCGCAGUGGAUCUGGUGGAAGGAAGGCUGGUCGGAGGCCCAAGCGGGUUGCGGUGGCCGCUACGGGCAUGGUCGCGGACGUUAUUGGCAAGGAAUACACGCGGCCCGUGACUGCUCCUGUAAGCGUGCCAAAUGCAUGGAAGGGUCGGGAUGUGGAGAGGGAUGGCGGGUCUGGUGGCCGCAAGUACAGCGUUGAAGAGGCAGAACAGUUCCUGUGCUCGAUGCUCGGGGAUAAUUCCGAGCUUGGCAUGGGUGUUGUCAGAGAUGUACUUGGUCAGUAUGGGUAUGAUGUUGAGAAGAAGUUACAGUUACUUAUGAAAUCAGCGCUGGAUGCAUUGCUUGAUAUAUCUGGCGUGUCUUCUGUUGAAAACAUGGAAACAAAUCAUCAAAAUGCUGGAAGGAAUGACACCCGGCAUCUAUGUAUGUUCCCUGGAAAUGGGCUAUCAGUGGACAAUCUGACUGCUGGGAAUAGAAGUCUACAACAGUUGACAGAUGAGAUAUCCAACACUAGGUUCCAGUCUGAAUUAGGACAUGAGUUUUUGUGGAGUGAACCACAGAUCAGCUAUGCGGAGGCUGUUAAAGAGGCACCACGUUCACCAACAUUGCCUUCAAGAUCAACUGUAGCGAAAGCUGGUCCACAACAAGUCCUCGAUUCACUGUUUAAAAUUCCUGAAAUACACACAUAUGAACCAAGUUCUAUGGACUGGAAAAAGGUAGUAAAGAAACUGCAAAUGUUCAAUAAUACCGCUGCAUCAAACAAUCAAGAAAGGCCUAAGAAUGGGGAUGGCUAUCGUGAGUUCCGUGGUGUUGCUGCGAGACAUUAUGAUAAAAUGAAAGAAUACUAUCAGAAAGCUGCCCUGGCAUAUUCAAAGGGUGACAAGUCAUAUGCUUCUUACCUUGCUGAGGAGGGGAAACAUUAUCGUGAACUGGGUCGCUUAGAAGACGAGAAGGCCAGCAGGAAUAUAUUUGAAGCCAGAAAUAAGCAUAUUACGAAUACAAUAACCAUCGACCUGCAUGGCCAACAUGUCCAACAAGCUAUGAACCUUCUCAAACUUAACAUGAUGGUUUGUAUUUGCAUGCCAUCUGUCUUACUGAGGGUAAUUACUGGUUGUGGUUCAGAAGGUACUGGGAAGGGAAAAAUAAAGCGCUCGGUUAUAGAGCUUGCAGAGAAGGAACAUAUUGAGUGGCGCGAAGAGAACUCUGGAACUGUAGCCCUUCGGCUUGGUGGGCCAAGAGAGUAUCGGUUCCUUGAGCAUGAAAACGAUUCUGACUAAGCGGGGAAGCCUUUUCAGGAGACUUUAACAUAGAUUAACCUGUGAUCUAAUCUAUGUAUCCCCGUAUUUAUCUGUAUUUAUGUGUUAUGAUUAUGGAUACCUAGGCUGUGACGAAGGCUGUAGUUCUGACACAGAAGUUCGGUAUUGUAGUUGAAGUAAAUUAUGGUGUAAUGUUGAUCCCAGGCUGCUAACUGUGUAAUGUAGUCUGAAGCUCUGUACACCUGUCUAGUUUAGAUGUUAUGGUGUGCUUCUGUGUACAAUGUACGACAGGAGCUGCAAUGAAGUGUAAAAUUAUCGUGAUGUUUUGUUGAAGAAUAUCAUGGUAUGACUGAUUGCCAACUCAUGCUGUUCAAAAUAAGCUUUCGCGGGAUGCAUGCCUGAA